GUUCGCAUCUAGUGAGCUAGUAACUUCUAGUCUGAGUCAUUUAAUAUGCUAAUUUACACAACUGCGUUUUAAUGUCAAAAUUGUCACAACGAUAUUUAGUGAGAGUGUGACAUUUGUAAGCAGUGUCUUUAAUUUACACCACGUUUAUAGCUUUAGUCCUGCAACAUGAACCAAACAGACGUUGAUAUUAUUGAUCAGUUGCAGUUGUUUAGAAAUUUCAGUAUGAAUCUUGAUGUCAACAAAGAAAAUUGGUCACAGAAUAAAAAAAUUAUAUUAUAUGCAGCUAUGAUGCUUGAGAAGAAGAACGUGACCAUUGUUAAAUUAUGUCUGGACAUAAUAGGAAAUUACAUUGCCAAUGAAGAUUACCAUUUGGAACUUAUUUCAACAUUUGGAGUAUACGAAGCUGUUGAAGUUGUAAGUGUGAGGAUGAGAAAUAAAAAUGAUGAUAUUUACAAAAAGGCUGUUGAAAUAAAUGACAUAUUAAGAAGCGCCGGUUCUCGACCUCGUAACACCAAAUCCAAGACUAAUUUGAUGUAUUUGUUAUUCAUUAAGGAGUUAAAUGAGAACAAUAAAAAGGAUUUAGAAGAGACUUUAAUUAAGAUACGUGGCGUUGUUUCGUUUAUAAUCGACAUGGAAAUGAAGAGAUGUGCUAUACGAUUGUGUCCAAAAAUUACUAUCGAAGAUGUCAUAAAAGAAGUGGACGACGAGUGCGACCUGAAAUGUUUAAUUGUUACUAGGAACAAAGAAAAUGGCAGUGAGGACUAUCUUGAUGUUACUGAAAUCAAAUUGAACAGAAGCUAUUUGGAAUAUUUAGAAGAUGAAAUCAUAAGUCCAAAGAAAAAGGCAUUGAAACAAUUUGGUGCAAGAAUUGUUAAUGGGGGAAAUAACAUGUUGAAAUCCGUAAUUAACUUCUGGAAUGACUCUUUCUACUGGUAACUCAUCUAUGUUGUUAAAUAUUUUUGAUAUGUAAAACCUAUUGAUAUCUAUUAAAUAAACUGU